AUGUCACCACCGUCAGCUCCUUCGACUAGUAAACGAAAACGUAACGUUCUUACAAUGGAAAAAAAAUUAGAAAUUCUUUCGAAAAUAGACAAAGGUGAAACCAGCGUAUCAAUAGCGAGUUUUUAUAAUAUUGGAAAAGCUACAGUUUCUGAUAUAAAAAAAAAUCGUGGUACAAUCAUGUCAUUUGUAUCAAAAAUGGAUAGUGAUGACGGAAUUAAAACAAAAAAAGUAAUGAAAAGUGCUGUGAAUGAAAAACUUGACAAAGCUAUGCAAACAUGGUUCAUACAAAAACGCAGCUUGAAUGAACCAAUCUCUGGUCCACUUGUUUGCGAGAAAGCUCUUGAAAUGAAUGAAAAACUUGGUGGUACUGAAGAUUUCAAGGCCAGCACUGGUUGGCUCCAGAAAUUUAAAAAUCGUCAUGGCAUACGUGAACUGAAAGUCCAAGGUGAAUCAUUAUCAGCUGAUUCAAACGCUGCUGAAAAAUUCAAAGAAAAAUUCAGCUCAAUUAUAGAUGAAGAAGAGUAUGGCAGAGAUGACAUUUACAAUGCUGAUGAAACAGGCCUGAACGGGAGAUCAUUGCCCAGAAAAUCACUUGCAGCUCGUCAAGAAAGUGCAGCACGUGGUUUUAAAGUGUCAAAAGAGAGAAUCACAAUCAUGACAUGUGCUAAUGCAGCUGGUACACAUAAAUUGCCCUUAUUGGUGAUUGGAAAAUCGAAAGAACCACGGUGCUUUAAAAAUGUUACAAGUUUACCUGUGACUUACACAGCUCAAAAAAGUGCUUGGAUGGACUCGAAAUUAUUUAUCAAUUGGUAUGAAAAUGAUUUUAUAAAAAACGUAAAAAAAUGGCGCCAAGAAAAUAAUAAAACUGGAAAAGUCCUGUUAUUACUUGAUAACGCACCUACACAUCCAUCAGCUGACGUUUUAAAUUCAAUUGAUGCAGAUUUUAGAGUGAUGUAUUUUCCACCAAAUGUAACGUCUUUGAUCCAGCCAAUGGAUCAGGGGGUAAUUGAAAAGUUUAAAAGAAUGUAUAGAAAACAAAUGCUGAGAAGUUUGUUAUUGAAUGAUGGUACUGAAGAAGGUGUGAUUCAAUUUGCAAAAGCAUUGACCUUAAAGCACUGCUGCUACAUGGCAGCAGAUGCUUGGGAUAAUUUAACAGAAGAAAAUUUAAAAAAAGCAUGGAUGAAAUUGUGGUUAGAGCCAGUGGAAGUAGAAACUAAUGAAGAGACGGAUGAUAAUGUUAAUGACAUUGUUGAUUUAUUUAAUCAAAUUCCCGGUUUCAAUGACUGUGACAAUCAUGAUGCAACUGAUUGGUUAACAACUGAUGAGAAUGAUCCAGGAUAUCAUGUUCUCGAUGAUGAUGAAAUUAUUAAUUUAUCACAAAAUGCAAGUGGUAAUGAAGAAAGCGAAGAAAGCAGUAGUGAUGAAAGUGUCAGUUCAUCUAAAGGACCAUCACAUGCUGAAGCAUUUAAAGCAUUUGAGACUGGUCUUGAAUGGUUUGAAAAGCAAGCAGAAAGUUGUCCUGCUCAGUUGCUACUUCUUAAACGUUUGAGAGAUUUGGCAGCAAAAAAACGUGUAGCCACAAUUCGUCAGACAAAGAUAGAUCAUUUUCUUAAACAAUAA